CAGAAGUCCAAGUCAAAGCCUUUACACCUAUUCCUGACAGUUGUGUGAAACGGCCGCACUUCAAACACUGUGACCAUCUUCCCUCUACGAAAGGUGACUGAGCAACACAUUGACCAUCAUCAGCAAUGGCGUGCAGCAAGGAGGAUAAAACAGUGAAGCUGAUGGGAGAACUAGACGAAGAGCAACAGAAAAUGUUGAAAAGCUUGGCAGCUGCUCCUAGCGGGGCUGGCACAGAGAUACUGAAGAAGCUCCAAGAGUACGCAGCAACAAAAAUGGAGGCUUGGAAGAAGCAGAAAGUGUACGUAGGCAUCGUGGGAGACCCCGGAGCGGGGAAGAGCACCUUUAUCAACUCCAUUCGAGAGCUGAAGCCAAAGCAAAAGGGUGCGGCGAAGGUCGGCCUUUGUCACACUACAUCGGAAGCCACGGACUAUCCCGAUCCAAAUCGCCCAAAAAGCCUUUGCUUCGUCGACUUUCCCGGUGUGCUCCUGACGAAAGGAACCUCAGACAAGCGCGACUUUGACAUCCAGCAGUAUCUCGACGAGUUUGGAGAGAAGAUGCAGCAAUGCCACGUGUUCCUAGUCUUCAGCAGCGGCCGCAUCCAGCACAACGCCGUGCAGAUCGGGAUGAAGGCCCGGGAUAUGGGGAAGAGGGUUCUGUUCAUCAGGUCACAGUUCGACAAAGAUUUGGCGGACAGGAAGAACGACGACCCCGACUAUUUUGAGGGCAAGACAUGGGACGAAGCGGUGGCCAACUUGAUGGAGGAGCUUCGCGAUGAUUACAUCAGCGUCCUGAAGCAGGUGGGAUGGAAAGGCGAGGUGCCAGCCACGGAUGUGUUCAUCAUCAGCGGUCGGUACGACAGCGUGCUGAAGGGCGAAUGGGACAUACCUAGCUUCAGGAAGGCGAUGUUCGAUGGUUUGAGCGGCUUGCAGAAGAUGGCUGUCAUCACCACCUGCCGAGACUUCUCCAAGGGCACCAUCAAAGAAAGGGGAGACAUCCUCAGGAGCCAGAAGGCAAACGUUGCCUGGGCAGCAACUGCGGGCUCCUUUGUUCCAUUCUUUGGCAUUACGUCUGUUCCCGAGGCCGUCUUUUCGGCGUAUAGAAGCUACAAAGAGGCCUUUAACCUGACAGAAGAUACCGUGGAACAACUCGCCAAGAUGACCAAGAAGAAUCCGCAGGAUCUCAAGAAGUUCGUGUCUGCAAGAUUGCUGGCCGGGACAGACGAUACCCUUGAUAGGGAUGAGUCUUUUGAGACAGUGGUAGUUGUGAGUACCAUUUGUAGGGAGUUAGAUAUCAUGCCUGGUUUAGUUGAAACUGCUGUGACGUUCUUCAUUCCUGUAAUUGGUGCUGCUAUUAAUGCUUCAUCUAACAUGGACAGAAUGCGGAAAGUCCUUGAUGCAAUGAUUUCACGUAUGGAGAAGUGCGCCAGUGAUCUCUUUGAUCACGCAUUUGAUCAAGGACGUUAGAGCACUGAAGGUGGGUUUAUCAUUGGGGCUUUUAGUUCUAUUCUGUGUAGCAAGCACAUAAAUGUUUGCACACAGCAACUUUAAUGAAUUAAAGACCCCAAUUUAGACCCUGGGCAAGAGCAACAAGGAGAUGCCCCACUGUGACCUUUCCAGCAGCUUGAAUGGUGCAUUGACCCCCGCAGCUACAAUCAAUCAAUCAACUUUAUUGCUCAACAACUGUAGCUGGUACAAUGUAUGGCAAAGAAACAACAAUGGUACAUACACAAACUAAUACUAACUACAUGAAAUAUCCCAGACUAUCUAGCCAAUUACAGGGACGAAUUAGCAUCUUACUGGUCAUUUUUUUUAAAGAUGAACAUACUGGUUUUAAAUGUACUAGUAACAUUGUAACCAUGAAGAAUGACUCAGAUAACUGUAACAAGAUCCAGUCUGGAAAGUCAGCCUUCUUCAAAUUUGAAAUCAGCCCUGUCAAACUUAAAUCAGUGCUUACUUGUAUCUGCACCUUGCAUGCAAAUUGAAAUGUUUUUUUCAGAGCCUAGCUAAACUAGCUUUGGCACUCGUGUGUUUGAAAUAUGCCUUAAAAAUGUGUUGUUCACUUGCAGCCCGUAUAGGCUUGGGCUUUGUAGAACUGAACUGUACAUGUAACAGUUAAUAAAAUAACUGUCAGCCAAUGCCUCCCACUAUCAUGCAGAACAUGACUCAUCAAUGGUUUAGUGACAGAACGGCCAAUGCAGUAGUAGUACUUUACAUUCUGCAUUACUGGUCAAGCUAACUACUCUAUGUAAUUGGCAAGCUAAACUGUAUUAGCCAGGCCACCACCCAUGUCAACUGCACAGCUGCCAGUAGCAUACUGACAUUCAUCUAAAAGUUUAUGUUAUCUGAAUUUAUACCAGUAUUACCGGAUUCUUUAUAAUUUACCCAAGACUCAUUGAUAGAUAGAUGGAGUGAUAGUAAGAUCAGAAUGGGCCCAGCAUAUUCUAAUAUUUUCUAGUGAAAAAUAUUUGGCUCGUAGUUAAAAUGCAUGUACAAAGCUAGUGUGGUUGUGUUCCUAUAUUUGUGUAUUUCAGAAGUUUCAGAGUGACAUUGCUUGUUACUUAAUACUCCAUAAAUGUUGAAGACAAAGUACAUUCAUCAUUGCUUGUGACAAUUAGAACAGGCUGCUGUACGUAUAAGAGCAGCAUAUCUGUAAACUUUAACAUUUUGAAUGAUGGCUGGUGAAUGUUAUGUUAUAUGCUUUAUAUUUUCAAGCAGAUAUUUCGGUGGCUACAAGACAGUCAAAUUGGCCAAACAAUAUCACUGGAAGGGCAGUAGCCGAUAUUACACCCAAAGAUUAUUUCAUUUGGCUGGCAAAAAAUGAUACAAGUACAAAAAAGAAUGCCCGAUGAACCCCCCCCCCAAAAAAAAAAUUAGCCUAAGCCCAAACCUCUGCUUGUAAAGUAAUAUAAUUAGUGAUCUAGUCAUAAUGUGCUUUUGUAUGGCAUGUUGUGCUCUGAUAUUAUCUAAUCGUGUGUUACAAUGUUCAUUACAAACAUUGAUAUUGUAUUAGAUUUGAGUGGGUACUAGUAUUACUUGGACGUAUAAUUGCCACUCAUUUUCAAACAUUGGAAUGAUAUUACCCAAGAUUAUUAUAUUAUGCCGGAGCAGAUUAAGAUGUACUAGUAUACUGUUAAUCUUAGGCCAAAGGACAAAGCAGUCUUAAUGUAGAUGAAGCUAAGUAUUCUUUCUGUUGAGGUGUUUUGGGCAGAGUGACAGUGUACAAUGUAACUUCUGAUCCUAUCUGUGAAGUGGCUUGUAUACUACCCAACUGCUGUUGUUUAGAAUAGAUGAUUGAACUUGUAUUCUUGUCUUGUCAUCAUUGAAUACAAAUGGACAGGGCUGGAAGUGGGAUGUAGCAAGUGAAUGGC